AUAUGAAAAUAAUAAAAAAAAAGUUUAAAUAAAGUUAAAUUAUUUUAUUACUCCUCUCCCAUGAUACGCGAUGAACGCUAAUCAGUUGUUUAAGUAGGAGAUCUGCAAUAAUUUUCAAUCUGGUGAAGUGGGACUGCCUACUAAAGUCCUAAAUUUGUUUUUUUUUUCUUGGUUUGGUUAUAAAAUCUUAAAUUCGUUAUGUGCAAUAGAUCUUCAAAUCUCCCAUUGAAAUAGUUUCAUCAUCAAUCAAAAAAAUGUUGGAAGUGAUUUCAGGAUGGUGGUCAUGGUGGUGGGAUGCCAGCAACGAGGGGGAGAAAGUUAUCAGAUCAGUUCUUACUAUAGUAGUCACAAUUACUACAGUGUUCUGUUUGCUGUGGAAUAUUGACAAGAAAUCAAAGAAAGCAAUGGCUCCCUUGCCCCCAGGCCCCAAGGGCUUGCCGCUAAUUGGAUAUCUUCCAUUUCUAGGCACUUUCCUUCACAAGAAGUUCACGGAACUGGCAGGUAAGUAUGGCUCUAUCUACAAGCUGUGGCUUGGAAACAAAUUAUGCAUAGUGAUUAGCUCACCAUCACUAGCCAAAGAAGUUUUUCGCGACAAAGAUGCGAUAUUUGCCAACAGAGAUCCACCAACAGCUUCCAGGAUUGCCAGUUACGGUGGAAAUGAUAUUGCAUGGUCCUCUUAUGGUCCUGAAUGGAAGAAGAUGCGGAAGGUGUUUGUUCGUGAAAUGCUAAGUAAAGGGACUCUUGAUGCCUGCUAUCCGAUGAGGAAGCAAGAGGUACAGAAUGCUAUAAGAGGUGUGUAUGAAAAGGCAGGCAAUCCCGUAGACUUCGGCGAAUUGGUAUUUGAAAUCAUUGCAAAUGCUAUUAACAGCAUGUUGUGUGGUGGAACGGUCAAAGGAGAGAAAUGGAUUUCUUUUGUUUCAGAGUUCAGGAAAUUGGCAGAGGAACUUAUGGUGCUCCAGGGAAAGCCUAAUGUUUCAGAUCUUUUUCCUGUGCUUGGGAGGUUCGACUUGCAAGGUGUAGAAAGGCAAACCAAAAGGAUACUCUCAUCUUUUGAUCAGGUUCUUACUUCUGUAAUUGAGCAACAUUUGAAUACGGGUCCAAACGUAGAAAAGAGCGAGAGAACGAAGAAUUUCUUGCAGAUUCUUUUGGAUCUUAACAAGCAUGGAGAUGCUGAAACAUCAAUUACCACCAACCAGCUGAAAUCCUUACUAUUAGACAUUGUGGUGGGUGGCACAGACACAACAUCAACCACGCUAGAAUGGACGAUGGCAGAGCUAAUGCUACAUCAAGAAAUAAUGGAAAAAGUCUACCAAGAAUUAGAUGAAGUUGUGGGUCACAGCAACAUUGUGGAAGAGUUCCAUUUGCCAAACUUGCAGCUUUUAAAUGCUGUCAUGAAGGAGACACUUCGUUUGCAUCCAGCACUUCCUCUGUCAGUGCCUCAUAUUUCAAGCCAAUCCUGCACACUAGGUGGCUAUACCAUUCCCAAGGGCAGUACCGUUUUCCUCAAUGUUAAUGCUAUCCACAAGGAUCCCGUUCUUUGGGACAAUGCCUUGGAAUUUAGACCUGAAAGGUUCUUAAACAAGGAUAGUGGUAGCUUUGAUUACUCGGGCAACAAUUUUCAGUAUCUCCCAUUUGGAUCAGGGAGGAGGAUUUGUCCUGGAGUUCCUUUAGCAGAAAGGAUGUUUAUGUUCAUUUUGGCUUCACUCUUGCACUCAUUUGAAUGGAAAUUGCUGAACGGCACAGAGGUGGAAUUGUCGGACAAAUUCGGGAUUGUCGUCAAGAAAAAGAAUCCAUUACUUCUUAUUGCUAAACCAAGGCUCUCUAAUUUCGAUCUAUACUAGAGUCAGAAUAAGCCCAUGUUAGAUGCUGUUAUUGAACUUGUACAUAUCACCAGUUCUGCAUUGGACCAUCCUAUCUCAUGUGAUAGAAUUGUCUUAUGGAAUAAAAACGUAGUUUGCAAACCUAAAGAAGAACCAACAGCUCCAUUACAAUUUCAUUUCCAAAUCUAUGUGUGGCAAUUAUACCAAAUUUUAAAUUCUGUUAGUUAAUAUUAACAAAAUAAUAUUAGUUAGUUGAUAAAUGAAAUAUGACCAUAUGUUUAUAUGAGUUACGUUUCAUAUAAUCAGUCUGGUUAUGUAUAACCUUUCUCUCUCUCUACUUUGUAGAGAGAAUCUUUUCUUUCUUCUGUCUUGUUUAUGCCUAAGGCUUAAGGCCUUCUUCCCUGCCGCUGAUCGGUCGUCUCUUGCCUCUCUGAGCAGGGGAAGGCUUUGUGGGUUCCCUCCUCUCCAACCAGUGGAGUAUAAAUAUGGAUUUUGAUUUAGUUUUAACUGGUUCUUUAGGGUGAGGGUUUUGUUUAAGCUGCAUGUUUUCUAUGUCAUUCUUUUUUUUUUUUUCUAUGUAUGUGUUUUGCAGGUGCGUUGGGAGGAACAAAGGCAUCAUUGGCCCAAGAUUCGGUUUUGAUUGUGAGAGGCAGGGAAACCUUACUAAGAAUGGUGUCUCGUUGAGAACCUGAGAUGGCCCGGAAGGCAUGAGUGAGUCUUGAAAGAGCUCUACCACCUUUUCCUCGGCUAUUUUCUAUGAUGUCCUGUUGUUUUGUUGUUCUUGGAGCGUGGAUUGACAGCAUGAUUCUAUGGAGAUGAUGGUUGCUUUAAGGUUUCUUUGGAUCUUCAAGUAUGAAUAGUGUCUAUAUAGUUCGAGACCUCUCCGUCUUGCUAUCUGGAAUGGUCGUUGUCUCUAAUGACCAAUGGAGUAUGAUUGGCAAGCUGCGCUGUGGGGGUGUGAGGAACCUGAGCUUGCCAGGUCAUGUUUAUUGGGUCAAGUCUUCAGCUAAAUAUAGUCCUUUUUUUUAUUCUCAUGGGUUUGGAUUGUAAUUUUAAAAGACUAGAGUAGUUAGGCUUGUUGAUUUUAGGCCCCUUUUCAGCAUCGAUGCUUGGACCUAAUCUUUCUUUUAUAUGGGCCUAGGACCCUAAUUUAACAUCCUCCUUAUCAAUGAAUUAUCUAUUGAUUAAAAAAAAAUCAUAUA